CAGGCUUCUCUCUUGAAGCCUCGAGCUGCAUUCCUCUUCAUUCACACGAAGGGAGCCGCCGUGGUGAGCUCGCUAGUACACGGUGACAAGAGUGGAAAUGUCCUCAAGUUUUGGAUUUUAACCACAUUGGCUAGGAUAUCUUACCCAAUGACCACUUGAAUUUGGCUCCUACCAAUGCCGCUGUGGAUGAUGCUCUGGAUGACAGCUCCGAACGCAGAGAAAAGGACACCAGAUCAAUAGGAGCUUCCCCCCCCCCCUCCCUUGGCCAGUCCAUUCGCCUUCCAGGGGAAGAAAGCUAAACACAAACAGAGCCGUACUAGGUGCUGGAGUGAACCCACCUCCCCCAUCCCUUUCCCCAGCCUUGCCCCCCGCAAGUCCCAGAUAUGUGGCCCUUACAGAGGUCACUCGCUGCCCCUCGUCUGGGGAACCUGCUCCUUCUUGGGGUGCUGGUCCUCUUGGUAGGCCCAUCCCAAACAGGCCCAUCCCAAACAGGAGGCCAACCCCAGUCCUUCAAAACCUUCUACCCGCCCGAUUGGGGACUGACACACCUGGCCAUCCACAACAAGACGGGCGAGGUCUACGUCGGCUCGGUCAACUGGAUCUUCAAACUCUCCAGCAACCUCACCAAGCUGCGGAGCCACAUGACGGGACCCGUGGUGGACAAUGAGAAAUGCUACCCCCCGCCCAGCGUCCAGUCCUGCCCCCACGACCUGGCCCAGACUAGCAAUGUCAACAAGCUGCUACUCAUUGACUACGCCCAGAACCGGCUCAUCGCCUGCGGGAGCACCUCCCAGGGCAUCUGCCAGUUUUUAAGGCUGGACGACCUGUUCAAGCUAGGCGAGCCGCACCACCGCAAGGAGCACUACCUGUCCAGCGUGGCCGAGUCUGGCACCAUGUCCGGGGUCAUCAUCACCUCCCCGCAUGGCCCCGCCAGCAAGCUCUUCAUCGGCACGCCCAUCGACGGCAAGUCCGAGUACUUCCCCACGCUCUCCAGCCGCAAGCUGAUGGCCAAUGAGGAGAACGCCGACAUGUUCAGCUUCGUAUACCAGGACGAGUUUGUCUCCUCGCAGCUAAAGAUCCCUUCGGACACCCUCAGCAAAUUCCCCGCCUUCGACAUCUAUUACAUCUACAGCUUCAGCAGCGAGCAGUUUGUCUACUACCUGACCAUGCAGCUGGACACUCAGCUCACCUCGCCAGACGCCUCCGGCGAACAGUUCUUCACCUCCAAGAUCGUCCGCCUCUGCGUGGACGACCCCAAGUUCUACUCGUACGUGGAGUUCCCCAUUGGCUGCACCAAGGACGGUGUGGAGUACCGCCUCAUCCAGGACGCUUACCUCAGCCGGCCCGGGAAGCAGUUGGCCGACUCGUUAGGCAUUUCCGAAGAUGAGGACAUCCUGUUCACGGUCUUCUCCCAAGGCCAGAAAAACCGUGCCAAACCACCCAAGGAGUCGGCCCUGUGCCUGUUCACGCUGCGCCGCAUCAAGGAGAAGAUCAAGGAGCGCAUCCAGUCCUGCUACAGGGGAGAGGGAAGGCUGUCGCUGCCCUGGUUGCUCAACAAGGAGCUGGCCUGCAUCAACUCGCCUCUUCAGAUCGACGACAACUUCUGCGGCCAGGACUUUAACCAGCCGCUGGGCGGGACCAGCACCAUAGAAGGGAUACCGCUCUUCAUCGACAAGGAUGACGGCCUGACCUCGGUGGCCGCCUACGAUUACCGCGGCAACACCGUGGCCUUCGCCGGCACGCGCAACGGCAGGAUAAAGAAGAUCCUGGUGAAUUCGGUGAGUCCCACGGGUCCAGCUCUGCUCUAUGAGAACGUGGUUGUGAGUGACGGCUCCAGCCCCAUCCUCCGAGACCUGCUCUUCUCCCCGGACAUGCAGCACAUCUACACACUCUCCGACAAACAGGUGAGCAGGGUACCAGUGGAGAGCUGUGAGCAGUACACCACCUGUGGCCAGUGCCUGGGCUCCAAAGACCCCCACUGUGGCUGGUGUGUCCUUCACAAUAUGUGUUCCCGCAAGGUCGGGUGUGAGCGUGCGGAUGAGCCCCAGCGCUUUGCCUCGGACCAGCGUCAGUGUGUGGAGCUCAGCGUCCAGCCCAAAAACAUCUCUGUCACCAUGUCCGAAGUGCAGCUGGUGCUGGAGGCGCGUAACGUCCCCGACCUCUCUGCGGGGGUCAACUGCUCCUUCGAGGGCUACGUGGAGACCGAGGGGCGCAUCCAGGGGGGUCGUAUCUACUGCCUGUCCCCCUCGGCCCGUGACGUCAUCCCCAUCACCCGCAACAAAGGGGACAAACGGGUGGUGAAGCUCUACCUCAAGUCCAAGGAGACGGGCCUGGUCUUCGCCAACACCAGCUUUGUCUUCUACAACUGCAGCGUGCGCGCGUCGUGCCUGUCGUGUGUCAACGGCUCGUUCCCUUGCCACUGGUGUAAGUACCGUCACAUGUGCACCCCGAAUGCCAACGACUGCUCCUUCCAGGAAGGCCUCGUCAACAUGUCCGAGGAUUGUCCCCAGAUCCUGCCCUCUACCCAGAUCUAUAUCCCCGUGGGCGUGACCAAGCCCAUCACACUGGCCGCCCGCAACCUGCCCCAGCCCCAGUCUGGCCAGAGGAACUACGAGUGCGUGUUCCACGUGCAGGGAGAGGAACACAGCGUCACUGCCCUGCGCUUCAACAGCACCAGCAUCCAGUGUCAGAAGACCUCGUAUAACUACGAAGGUAACGACAUCAGCGACCUGCCCGUGGACCUAUCGGUGGUGUGGAAUGGCAACUUUGUCAUCGACAACCCCUACAACAUCCAAGCCCACCUGUAUAAGUGCCCUGCCCUGAGGGACAGCUGUGGGAUGUGUCUGAAGGCUGACCCCAGGUUUGAAUGUGGCUGGUGCGUCCAGGAGAAGAAGUGUUCCCUGAGGCAGGAAUGUUCCCCCCUGGAGAGCAGCUGGAUGCAUGCCACCACGGGCAACAGUCGCUGUGCCCACCCCAAGAUCAUAAAGUUGUCUCCAGAGACGGGUCCCAGACAGGGUGGAACCAUGCUGACCAUCACGGGGGAGAACCUGGGUCUGCAGUUCAAGGACAUCCAGACGGGGGUCCGCAUCGGCAAGGUGGCCUGCACCCCCGUGGAGGCCGAGUACAUAAGCGCUGAACAGAUCGUGUGUAAGCUGGCUGACGCGACAGGUUACCGAGUGCAAGAGGCUCAUGUGGAAGUGUGUGUGAGGGACUGCACACACGCCGACUACAAAGCCAUCUCACCCAAGGCCUUCACUUUUGUGUCUCCCUACUUCACGCGUGUGCAGCCCUCCAAAGGCCCCCUCUCGGGGGGCACCCGCAUCACCAUCGAGGGGAGCCACCUCAAUGCAGGCAGCGCUGUGGCGAUCAAGAUCGGCCUACACCCCUGUCGCUUCGAGAGGCGGAGUGCCAGGGAGAUAGUGUGUGUGACGCCGGCGGGUCUGACUCCCGGCGGUACCCCCGUCAUGGUGGACAUCAACUCAGCUGAGCUCAGGAACCCAGAGGUCAAGUUCAACUACACCGAGGACCCCACCAUCCUCAAGAUCGAACCUGACUGGACUAUUGCAAGUGGCGGGACUCUGGUGACCAUCACUGGCACCAACCUGGCUACCAUCAAAGAGCCCAAGAUGAGAGCCAAGUACGGGAAAGCCCAAUCUGUCAACAACUGCACAGUGCUUAACAACACGGUGAUGGUGUGUCUGGCGCCCUCUGUGGCCGUCUCGGAGAAGGGCUUCUCAGAGACGGGCAGCGSUCCCGAUGAGAUCGGCUUCAUCAUGGACGACGUGCGCGCCACACUGGUUGUCAACGAGACGUUCAGCUUCUACCCGGAUCCUGUGAUAGAGCCGCUUAGUCCAACGGGCCUGCUGGAGCUCAAACCCAGCUCCCCACUCAUCCUCAAGGGUAAGAACCUAAUCCCGGCGGCCCCUGGUAACGCUCGUCUCAACUACACGGUCUUGAUCGGAGAGACACCCUGUGUCCUCACCCUGUCAGAGAGCCAGCUGCUCUGUGAGUGGCCCAACCACACCGGAGAACACAAAGUCACCGUGCGCGUGGGGGGCUUUGAGUACUCCCCCGGUACCCUCCAGAUCUACUCUGACAGCCUGCUUACCCUGCCCGCCAUCAUCGGCAUCGGAGGGGGCGGCGGCCUGCUCCUAUUGGUCAUCAUCGCCGUGCUCAUCGCCUACAAGAGGAAGUCGCGGGACGCCGACCGCACYCUGAAACGCCUGCAGCUCCAAAUGGACAACCUGGAGUCCCGGGUGGCCCUGGAGUGCAAGGAAGCCUUUGCGGAGCUGCAGACAGACAUACAUGAGCUGACCCAGGAGCUGGACGGAGCUGGCAUCCCCUUCCUAGACUACAGAACCUAUGCCAUGAGGGUCCUCUUCCCCGGUAUCGAGGACCACCCCGUGCUCAAGGAGAUGGAGGUACGGGUUCAGGCCAAUGUGGAGAAGGCUCUCACCCUGUUCGGCCAGCUGCUCACCAAGAAGCACUUCCUCUUGACCUUCAUCCGCACGCUUGAAGCUCAACGCUCUUUCUCCAUGCGAGACCGCGGCAACGUGGCGUCGCUGGUCAUGACUGCGCUCCAGGGCGAGAUGGAGUACGCCACAGGGGUGUUAAAACAGCUCCUCUCAGACCUAAUCGACAAGAACCUGGAGAGCAAGAACCACCCCAAGCUACUGUUGAGAAGGACUGAGUCGGUGGCUGAGAAGAUGCUCACCAACUGGUUCACAUURCUCCUCUACAAGUUCCUCAAGGAGUGUGCUGGCGAGCCCCUGUUCAUGCUGUACUGUGCCAUCAAGCAGCAGAUGGAAAAGGGGCCUAUAGACUCCAUCACAGGAGAGGCGCGCUACUCCCUCAGCGAGGACAAGCUCAUUAGACAGCAGAUUGACUACAAGACCCUGACCCUGCACUGUGUGAACCCGGAGAACGAGAAUGCCCCAGAGGUGACGGUGAAGGGGCUGAACUGUGACACGGUGACUCAGGUGAAGGAGAAGUUGCUGGACGCGGUGUACAAAGGCAGUCCCUACUCCCAGAGACCCAAGGCUGGAGACAUGGACCUAGAGUGGCGUCAGGGAAGGAUGGCCKGGAUCAUCCUCCAGGARGAGGACGUCACCACCAAGAUAGACAACGACUGGAAGAGACUCAACACACUGGCCCAUUACCAGGUGACGGAUGGCUCAGUGAUCGCCCUAGUGCCCAAGCAGAACUCUGCCUACAACAUCUCCAACUCCUCCACCUUCACCAAGUCCCUCAGCAGAUACGAGAGUAUGUUGAGGACGGCCAGUAGUCCAGACAGCCUGCGCUCCCGCACCCCCAUGAUCACGCCCGACCUGGAGAGUGGRACCAAGCUGUGGCACCUGGURAAGAACCACGACCACUCGGACCAGCGUGAGGGCGAUCGCGGCAGCAAGAUGGUCUCUGAGAUCUACCUGACCCGCCUGCUCGCCACCAAGGGUACGUUGCAGAAGUUUGUGGACGACCUGUUUGAGACMAUCUUCAGCACGGCCCACAGAGGUAGCGCCCUGCCACUCGCCAUCAAGUACAUGUUUGACUUCCUGGACGAGCAGGCCGAUAAACACUCCAUUUCUGACUCGGACGUUCGGCACACGUGGAAGAGCAACUGUCUUCCUCUGAGGUUCUGGGUGAACGUGAUCAAGAACCCCCAGUUUGUGUUUGACAUCCACAAGAACAGCAUCACAGACGCCUGUCUGUCUGUGGUGGCCCAGACCUUCAUGGACUCCUGUUCUACCUCAGAACACAAGCUGGGCAAAGACUCACCCUCCAACAAGCUGCUCUACGCUAAAGACAUUCCCAACUACAAGAACUGGGUGGAACGGUACUACUCCGACAUCUCGCGGAUGCCUGUCAUCAGUGACCAGGAUAUGAGUGCGUACCUGGCGGAGCAGUCGCGGCUCCARCUCAGCCAGUUCAACAGCAUGAGCGCRCUGCACGAGAUCUACUCCUACAUAGUCAAGUACAAGGACGAGAUCCUGUCAGCUCUGGAGAGGGAUGAGCAGUCGCGGAGGCAGAGACUCAGGAGCAAGCUGGAGCAGGUCAUUGACACAAUGGCCCUGGCCAGCUGAGGAACGACCCUUCCUCUCAUCCUAUUCUUCUCCAUCUUCCUCUCCGUCUCUCCUCACCCAGAGAAAAUGAAACUCAGACAGUGUGGUUUUCAAACCCUCCUAAAAACACAUGAUGAGCUACUGCAAAGGACAGAAGGCAGUACACUGCACAGGGGCGAUUCAGCAGUACUGGGCGGGCCUGUGCGUGUGUGUAUGUGUGUGUAAAUGCAGGUCUAUAAGUGUGUAUGUGUGUCAGAGACCGGGGCACUGGACAUUUCGUCGCACACACACCGAGAGACAACAUCACCGGAAAGCAUUUUGAUUAUCGUAGCUGUUGUCGUCGUGGUUUUGUUUCUCCGCUGUCGGUUUUCCUGGAUUUUGUCUUCGCUGAAGCCGUGUCUCGGGUAGCCAGGAUGGGAGUUUUGGAAUGGAACUCCGUUUUGGCAUCACGAAAAGGACGGAACGUUGUUUGGACAUGGGCCUUUCUCGGAGCCAAUGAGAGAGUGGUCACAUGAUUCCUGUAGGAGUCAAAGACAUUAUUACUGUUUUGUUUUCGUAUAAUUUUUUUUUAAAUAAAUGUAAUCAACUGCCCACUCUGAUCUCUCGCCACCUGUGUUACUGCUGAAUUUGCACAAUUUACAGAAAAGUUACAAAGGAAGACUAUAUAGAUAUUAUAUAUAAAUACAACUACAUUUUUUAAGAAAUUAAGAUUAGGGUUAAAACAUUUCAGUUUUUAGCUGACAAACACAAUUAAAAAAAUCCAUCAACAAUGAAACUUUAAUUUGAUAUUUUGAGCAACAAAAGAAAAUCUACAUUAGAAGAAUAAAACAACCGCAAACGAAAAAUAAACAAAAGUUAUCCUGUGCCAUGUUUUUGUUGUUGUUGUGAAGUGCAAAGACAUUUUGUUAGAUGGAAUAUGCUACCGUAUGAUUUAAAUAUGCCUAGUGACUGAAAUUAUUCUCUGAGUAAUAAAAGAUACGAAAAUGUAAAAUAUCUAGGGAAGAAAAAAGCAACUUUGUCUCUUAGGGCCACCAUAGGAAGGGCAUCUCAUUAUAUUGUCAUAUUUCUGUAUUGGAAAGUUGGUCUGGAGAGGUCCUGCGAAAAUAAGAAUUUGCUGUCAUUUCCGAUAUGUCGUGCAAUCUCGUUUUUUGAAAAGCAUCACAGACUCACGCAAGCGUUGCUUAUUUUCCUAGACACCUCAGAUUAAAUCUAGUUUGAAAACUAAUUUGUAUCUUCCAGGGCUAAAGAAUUUGACCGUUUGUGCUACAGUGGUUGACCAAUGUAGAGCAUUGCACUACUUGAACCAAUAACCAUCUAUAAGCUACCCCACCACCAGUUAGCAUCACCACAUCUGAUUGGCUAAGCUUGGCAGGAAAUGACCAAUGCUGAGUGGGGUCAUAGGUCAACGUGUGCACAUGUGAUAGAACAUCCACUCUACCCGACAUGUGCCCUGAAAUAACGUAUUGGGUACAGUACAUCUUGAGGGGCUGUGAAUGGGAGGAAAUCCCAGUUUUACCCCUAAACAAGUCUCGUGUCUCCACCCCUAUUAUACAACCGGAAAUCCACCCUCCUUCAGUAUUUCUCUUAAUCUCUUCUGUACCUCUCUAGGCAUUCUCUCAUCCUCGUAACAUCCAACGACAACAACAAGAACAGUCAAACUCUAGGUGGUUCCAGACUUGGUCCACCUAUCCACUAGUGUUAGCCUCAGAAUGUGUUCUCAGUCAACUUAACUGGUAAAAUAAGGGUUAAAUAAAUAGCUAAAUGGGGUCAGGUAGGGCUUUACUAAGCCUCUCAGCCUAAAAUGACAAAGUGGAGAAAGACAGAAAGCCUUUUCCAGCUCCAGGCCCCUCUCGCUCAUCUCUUCCCAAUGCUAUUAUGCAGAUAAUAGGCAAGGUGACGGUAGUACGGUACGGAAAUCUCCUUCUCUCCUAACCCAGAGAUAUGAGACGAGACGGGGCUUUAGCUCUCACCCAUAGGGGGGUCGGGACUGGGGAGAAGAGGCACCCUCCACUCAUUAGCAACACAAGGCUAAGUAAUCCCUUAGCUCCCCUGGCACUUGUUUCCAUCUAAACAAACCCUAAUGCCAUGUGUGGCUUAAGCUUUUUUAAAUACUUCUCUCUUAAGAUAAUUGUUAUUCUCGCUCUUCUAUUUUCCCUUCUUUUUUUGAAGUUUUGGAAGUUUGACUUUGUGGUGCGAUGUUUUUUUUGUUUUGUUUUUAAAUUGCUUGCCGAAAACCAAACUGUGGUCUAAUGUAAUUUCGUUUGAUUUUGUACAUUGUAUUUACUUAGUUUUUUUUUUUCAUGAUGAUGAAGUGAAAUGAAGCUUUUGGCAAAUUUUAUUGUAAUUAGGUUGUUUUCGUUGUUUUUCUCGUCUCUCUUUUGAACAUGUAUAUUGUGCGUAAUACGGUACGCCGAAGAUAAAGACGUCUUGGGUUUAUCUGAAGUUGAAGUACUUUACCGAUCUAAAGGUUUCUUUUCUGAUCUCCACGAUCAGUGGAAAACAUUGCAUCAGAUAAGCAUCUGUCUUUUCAAGAUUGAAUGAGUGACUUGAUGCUAUAAUCCACAUCUUCAUUUUUUUUUUACCAUCAGGGCUAUCAUUCUACUCGGAAAUAAAUGCUGUUGCAAUUCAUUGUAUGCCAGGUUCCUUCCAAUAUUCCUCUGCACAGAAAUGAAGAAAAAAACACCCCUAAAUAGACAGGACACAUUGGUACAUCUCAAAUGGCACCAUAAUACCUAUCUAUUGCACUAUGGCAGUGGUCKAAACUAGUGCKCUAUAUAGGGAAUAGGGUGCCAUUUUGGACGCAGGCAUUGAUGUAUACAGCUAUACUGCAUUCCUGUUGUACCUUUCUCUACAUAUCGGACCAUUUACAUAGGGGUGCUAGCCUGGUCCCAGAUCAGUUUAUGAUGUAUAGCCAAGACAGUAUUUACAAUGUAUUGAGAGGACUGCACAAACAGAUUUGAGACCAGGCUAUACAGCUGCUGCUUUGAGAGCCAAACGGAACCCUUCUAGGGACCACUCGUCUUGCACUACUAGCGUUCUUGGGCCAAAACAACAUUCCAAAGUUAGCUUCUUUGAACAGAACAGGGUUCCUUUCUAAGCAACCGUGUACCUGACUAACUUGCUGGGACAAAGCUUUACAUUUUGACAUAAUACAUUUUUAACUACUGUACAUACUGCAUUUUGUUUUUUUAAUGAUUAGUCAGCUUUACAGGGUUUUAAAAAAACAUGUUUUUCCACGAGUACACAACCUUCCCUCUUUUGCUGCGUCUAUCUUUCGGUGCUCUUAGAUCACAAGUUAAUGAAGUAGAUUGGUCUCCAAAGCUCCCGAAGCUCAGUGAAUUUGUUAAUAGCAGUCCUAUGAAAUAUCCGCAUCGUAACCAUGUAUGCGGAAAAUACAUUACACGCUGGCAGCUCGGCCUGUCCAAACUCUUUAAUUUGAGUUUCUCCCAUCACUGCCCUGGUUGGGUUUCUUAUGAAGACGCAACUUAUUCUUCAUUUCUCAGGACAUUGUUUUGCGACGUUCUCUCUGCGCUGUAGUUCCAUUGUUUCAACGUUACGGCCUUGAGAGGAGGACUUUAGCUUGUUUUUGCAUGACUGCUUGAGUUUGAUCAAUUUGCUUCCCCUAAGUCCAGAAGGCUCCUACGUGAGAUUUCAUUGUUUCACAUGAUCUGUCCCUGUUUGUUUGUUUGUAUGGUGAUUGGCUUGUGUUGGUGUCACUGAAGUGGUACAAUGUACAGCAUGUCGAUUUAGUAGCAUCAUGGCCAUUUAAUGUGAUCAAGAGGAACCGGCGCUAAAUCUUGACAGAGCCUGACAUAAAGCUGUCAUAGGACCGAUAUAGUGCUGUCAUGUGAUCGACAGCCUGCCGAAGUCGUUUGUGGCUAGCCCCACAUUGUUUGGUUGAGAAUCUCAUGCCAUAUUACAGUGUUACGUCAAUCGACAUACAUAUGAACUGUUAUGACCUCACAUGGUCCAUCUCUCAUCAACUCAAGUUAGCUCAUCAUUAAUCUUUCCCUGAACCAUCUACACCCAAACAGAUUGGGCCAGUUUCCCAGAACCAGAAUAAGCCUAUUCCUGGAUUAGAAAACACCUUUUCAAAGGAGAUUCUCCAAUGAGCAUGAUUUUUGGAGCUGGAAUACGUUUAAUUCUGAUCUGGGAAUCUGACCCAAAAUGAUCAACCCAGUCAUGCCUUGUCAUACUAUUGCCUUUCCAAGCCCUGGUUUGAGAAGAUUCUGAUCAUUUAUUUUCCCCUUCAUUCAUUUUUACCAAACUCUCUCAACUCAGUAGCUGUAAUUUUUCCAAAUGAAAACUGCAAAAUCGAUCAAUUACAGACAAACUGGCACAAUUUUUUUUUUUCUUCCUACAUACAAUAAUUCUGAUACUUUAAGUUUCAGACUUCAAGUGACUGUCACAAGUGUGCAGGUUAAUGUUCAUUGUGUAAAUAUUCUGUUGUUUCCUAUUUUGCAGAUUUACUACUUGUAAAUAAACACUCAUCAAGGAGA